GUUAAAUAUAAUCGAAACGCAUAAGAAAUCGUACAACUCCGCAAUAACAUCCUCAUACUAUACGCAAGCGGAAAUUUUUAACAAUGCUAAAAAUCUAAAUCCCCGAAAAUGUCAUUAUAAUAAUAUUACAGAAUAAAUAAAAAAUUAUUAUUAUUGUUAUUAUUAUUUUGAUUAUAUUGUGCCGAUAAAAAUUAACCUAAAACUGUGUGUUUACAUUUUUUUCCGCGCUUUUCGCACGCUUAUUGAAACGUACGACGCGUAGCCCCACUGCAAUAGUAAUGCGAAAUGCGGUAUGCAAAAUGUUUUAUUUAAUCCGCGAUCGUGUGACACUCCAGCAGGUAUUCGUUAAUAUCGACUAGUGGGUUCCGAUUACAAGUAAUUCGAGUGUUGUAGAGGUAUUUUCGCAGUUUUCGAACGGUACGUGAAAUACUACCGGUAAUUUCCAUAUAUAUUAUCACUUCGAUUACCAUAUUCGAGGUUUUCGUUCUAAAAACAAUCGCCAUGAAGUAUAUACUGGUCACCGGCGGAGUUAUGAGCGGUGUGGGUAAGGGCAUAAUCGCUUCGUCCAUCGGCACGUUGUUGAAGUCUUGUGGAGUCCACGUGACGUCUAUUAAAAUCGAUCCUUAUCUUAACAUUGAUGCCGGAACUUUUUCGCCUUACGAACACGGCGAAGUGUAUGUACUGGAUGACGGUGGUGAAGUCGAUUUAGAUUUAGGAAAUUACGAACGGUUUCUAGAUGUCACGUUACAUAGCCAAAACAAUAUUACCACUGGAAAAAUAUAUCAAGAAGUCAUCAAUCGGGAAAGACGAGGCGAUUACCUAGGGAAAACCGUUCAAGUUAUACCUCAUAUCACAGAUGCUAUACAAGAAUGGGUUGAACGUGUUGCCCAACAACCAGUGAGUGAUGAUGGAGUAGAACCUGAUGUUUGUGUUGUUGAACUUGGAGGUACAAUAGGUGACAUAGAAAGUAUGCCAUUUGUCGAAGCCUUUAGGCAGUUUCAGUUUAAAGUGAAAAAAGAAAAUUUAAUUUGCGCUCAUGUUUCUUUUAUACUACAGCCUGGUGCAACUGGAGAUGAUAAAACAAAACCAACGCAAGCUAGUGUUCGCGAACUUAGAGGUUUAGGAUUAACUCCUGAUCUUGUUAUUUGCAGAAGUACCAAACCCUGUUCUAAUGUAGAACAAGUAAAGAAAAAAAUAUCAAAUUUCUGUGAUGUGGCUUUAAAACAAGUAUUAUUUAUGCAUGAUUUGGAUUCAAUAUACAAAGUACCUUUAUUCAUGGAAAAACAAGGAGCAUUAGACUUUUUACUAGAUCGUUUAAAUUUACCCUCAAAUCCAUCUUAUAAUAGGAUUUUCAUGAAACAAUGGAAGAAACUGUCUGAGAAAUUGGAUAAUUCCCAAAAAAUAAUAAAAAUUGCGUUAGUUGGGAAAUAUACACAACUGACUGAUGCAUAUGCGUCAGUGUCCAGAUCUUUAAUCCAUGCUGCUGCUCAUAUUAAUCAUAAAGUUGCUAUUACAUAUGUAGAAGCUGCUAAUUUAGAAACUGAAACCAAGUUAUUAAAUCCAGUUGAUUACCAUGAAGCAUGGCAAAAACUAUGUCGGAGCGAUGGAGUAAUUGUUCCUGGAGGUUUUGGUACCAGAGGUGUUGAAGGAAAAAUUGAAGCAUGUAAAUGGUGUCGUGAAAAUAAUAAGCCUUAUUUAGGAAUUUGUCUUGGUUUACAAGUUGCUGUUAUUGAAUUUGCCAGAAAUGUAUUAAAUUUGGAAAAUGCAAAUACUACUGAAAUUAAUCCAGAUACCAAAGAACCAUUAAUAAUUGAAAUGCCUGAACAUUGUCCUGAAAAUAAAGGAGGAACAAUGAGACUUGGUAAACGAACUACAAUAUUUAAAAAAGAAUGUUCGUCUAUCAUAUUUAAACUUUAUGGUAGAAAACAAACUAUUGAAGAAAGACAUCGACAUCGUUAUGAAGUGAACAAUAACUAUGUGGAGCAUUUAGAAAAAGCUGGUUUGAAGUUUGUUGGAACAGAUACAGAAAAAAUUAGAAUGGAAAUAUGUGAACUUGAAGGUCAUCCCUUUUAUGUGGCUACACAAUUUCAUCCUGAAUAUUUGACCCGGCCUUUAAAACCAUCACCACCUUUUUUAGGUUUAAUGUUGGCCUCUAGUGGCAAACUUAAAUCAUAUCUUGAUAAUGAAUGUCGUUUUACACCAGAUGAAAGCUGUUCAGAAGAUGAAUCUGAAGAUAUAUCAUUCAAACUUCAAAAUCUCGUGAUGCCUUCAAUUGUCAACAAUAAAUCUAUAUGAAUCCAUUCAAUAAAAGUAUAUAUUAUCUUUUUCAAAUACACUUUAUUUUAGUUGUUUAUGAGCUGUUUAAUUUGUAAGCCAUUGAUCUAUCACAUAGAAUAAUAUUUUGUUAUUC